UCCCUGACAAGUGACAACUGUAGACAGAACCGCAGGACAGAAUACAAAUAUAUUUGAAUAGUAACGUCAUGUCUCAGAAAAGUCCUAAGCCUAAUGAUGAAGAUGUGAGCCCUAUUAAAGUCGAAAGAACUGGUACUGUUAGAGAAGUUGGCUCUCAAGCUAUUUGGAGUCUUUCUUCUUGCAAACCAGGGUUUGGAGUUCAUCAACUUAGGGAUGACAGAGAAGAUACUUACUGGCAGUCUGAUGGACAACUACCACAUCUAAUAAACAUCCAGUUUCAGAGAAAAACAACUAUAAGUGACAUUUACAUUUAUACCGAUGCUAGAUUAGAUGAGAGUUACACUCCCAGUAGGAUAUCAAUAAGAGUCGGAACACAUUUCAAUGAUUUACAAGAAAUUGAAGUGAUUGUUCUUUCUGAACCUAUAGGUUGGACACGAAUUCCCAUCAAGGAUAUUAGAGGAAAACCUAUAAGGUUGUUCAUGAUUCAAAUAGCUAUAAUAAAUAAUCAUCAAAAUGGGAGAGACACUCACAUGAGACAGGUUAAAGUACAUAGUCCAUUAGAAAGUCAAAGAGUCCUCGAUAAUUUCACAAAAUUUUCAUCAGUCCAAUUUCAGAAAUUUGGCACUGUGAGAUGAAAUUCUCUCACAUGUUUGUAGAUAUUUCUCAUCCUAUGAGGAUUGGUGAACUUUCUUGAAACAUGUCGAUUUAUUUUGGUAUGGGAAAAAAUUCUGCUAAAUAUUUAUGGAUUGUACAAAAAAGUCAAAAUUGAAUAAGGAAGAGGCGUCAAAUAAUAUUUCACUUCACAACAAUGUAUGAUAAAAAUUAUUUGACUGGAUUUUCAUCUUGAAGUAAUUGAUCAACAUGUUUCAGUCAAGAUUUUCAUUCAUAUCAGUAUAAAAUCAACUUGUUGAGGUGAAAGACUGCAUUUUAUAUCUUUAAUUGAAAAACUAAAUGAUUUACCAUUUUAUUUUAUUAGAUCAUUAAUAAAAAUAAUCAUUCAUAGUUAUUAAA